GACGACGAAGAAGAAGAAACGUUGCGCCAGUUGGGGUUAGAGUCAUUUUAUACGGCAGGAAGAACAACCACAAUGGCGGCCAUCGCGUAUGUUUAAGAUGUUAAUAACACUGUGCUACGUCUACCUGUGGGUGCGCUUUCACAAGUGCUAUUCGGUACUGAUCCGCAACAGUCUAUCCAGACUUAACAGCAGAAGCUUUGGUUUGAGCUUCAGGGUCUGCUCCAGCUCGGCCUCAGCUGUUGUCAAACCACCGCCGACUGGACGCCACUCUGCUGCACGUCUCCAGUCAAUCCCUCUCCCACCCGAGGACAUCGUCUUCCUCCAACUGGGAGACAAGGCUGUCUGUGUCACAGUUCCUAAGGCAUGUGAUGACCUCAGCAAAUGGACUGUGCUGCUGGGGUCCUCUUUGGUUUGUGGUCCAGGAAUAGAGAAUAUUUCAUUCAUCAUAGAAGCUGCAGGACACAGAGCAGGCUGCCAUUCUCCUCACACAUUGAAAAAGAAAGUGCUGAAGUGGUCUGACUACUGUCUACCUCUGGCCUGUAGCCCCGGCCAGCCCUUCAGGGCAGUGGCUCAGGCAAGCGUGGAUAACUUCAGUCGGCUGGGGGUGGCUUUUAUAGAAGAUCGCCUUCAACUGGACAAUGGACUUAUGCCUGCCAAUAUAGUCCCUGUCCUCCUCCAAGAAUCCACUCUCAGUCAGCUGUUGGAGAAGCAGUGUCCACCGACACCUUGGCUUUGGGGCACGACUGAAGAGGGGCCCACUAAGCGUUUGAAUUUUCACCUGUCAGCUGAACACCAGCACUUACAGUGCCGUAAAGGCAGCCUUUACAGGAGAUUAGAGGAGCGACGUGGGUCUGAGCCACUCCGAAGCACGCAGGAUCUGGAACCUGUUGGUGACUCAGUGGACCAUUCUUUGGGGAAUCAUCAACACAUGGAGGGUCAUGGACACCACCUCCAUCUUUCCAGCUGCCACGAAUGUUUGGAGCUGGAGAACAGCACCAUCCUCUCUGUCAAAUAUGCCUCAGCUGAGAACAUUCCAGACCUUCCUGAUGAUAAUUUACUUGGGGUUGAUAUUGGAGUUGAACAUAAUGCCAGAGAGCAUUUUGCUCAAAGCUGCCGAUUUGACUGUAAUAGCAAACCGCCAAAUGUUUUGGUGUACACGGGUGGUUGCCAGGAGCGUUUUCAGGCAAUUUGUCAGCUUUUGUCAGAGUGUAUAAACUUGGAAAACAACAUAAUAUAUCCCCUCCUGCCGCACCAGGCUCUGAGCGAUCCUUGGCUGGACAACACCAGGCUCCUGGUACUGGCAGAGGAGGAAACUCUCACCCCCCAGCUUCAGACCCGCUUUCUCACCUACCUAAGUCAGGGUGGCAGGGUACUUGGCCUAUCCUCCACCCUGUGCCCUGCAGGCCUCUGUCUGGAAGUCAGGGAGAGGUUACACAGGCAAGUCAGCAGGCUGAUCUUCACCAGGGAGGACAGCACUGAGCUGGAACUAAGCUUGUUGGCGAGUGGGAAGGUCUAUGUUAGAGAUAUUCAGGGAGGAGGGGAAGUGGAGCUUUGGGGGGAGCUGAAAGUGGAUGUCCCUCAUCAGAGGGAUAUGGUUAUUGUCAGGGUGACCCACGAAGGAGAUGGUGGGGAAGCUGUCCUCUGUCAGGUCCACCUGGAAAUUUCUCCUGACCCUCAGAAUUUGAUGUCCAAAGGUUAUGAUGAACUGAAGAUCAGCAACACAUUGCGUUAUGAAGUCUUGACAGAAAUCCUCACCUCUCUGGGCCUCAGCUGCGUGCCAAGCCAUACCCUAACUCCAAGCCCAGUCCACCUGCUGGCUACAUCUGAAGAGGCCAAGGCAAGCUUCCUGAAUUGGUUGCAGACACAUGCAGAUCAAAAUGGCUUUCUCACAUUUCCUAAAGCCUCCCUCAGGAUGGUGUCCUGGUCUGAGCUCCAGGAUAGUCCUUUGCUGCCUGAGGGUUCUCUGGCACUGGUCACUGAUUCUUCAGAGUCCCAGAGCUGGAUGCACUUCAAUAUAGAGACCUACAGCAAGAACCUGAAGACCAGCCUACUGGGGCACACCCUGCUGUACGCUGAAGUUGUGACUUCUACCAUGGAUCUGUUAGGAGGACUGACAUUUUACUUACCAAAGGAUGUGGGGUUAAUAACUGUAGCUGCUCGACAAAUCCAGGGCAGAGGUCGAGGCAAGAAUGCCUGGCUCAGCCCUCCAGGUUGUGCCAUGUUCACUCUGAGGGUCCAGGUUGAGCUGAGCUCCAAGCUUGGACAAAAGAUCCCCUUUAUGCAGCACCUUGCUGCUCUGGCAGUGGUGGAGGCUGUUCGCACACUUCCUGGAUACCAGGACAUCGACCUGAGGGUGAAGUGGCCCAAUGAUAUUUACUACAGUAACCUAAUGAAGCUAGGGGGAGUACUGGUGACCUCCACUGUAAUAGGAUCAACCUUUCAUCUCCUUAUAGGCUGUGGAUUCAAUGUGACAAACAGCAACCCAACAGUGUGCAUCAAUGACCUGAUCCAGCAGUACAACAUACAGCAUAACUGUAACCUGGAGCCACUCAGCUGUGCUCAGCUCAUUGCUCGGACUGUCAGCUACCUGGAGGCCCUCAUCAACAGCUUCCAACAAGGAGGCCCAGAAGCCAUCCUGCCCACUUACUACAAGAGAUGGCUUCACAGCGGGACUCAGGUGCGUCUCUGGAGUGAGGAUGGACUGGAAGCUGAAGUGGUGGGUCUCGACAGCAACGGCUUUCUCAAAGUAUACAGCAGGGAGCAGGGGUUGGUCUCAUUGGAGCCUGAUGGAAACUCCUUUGACAUGCUGAAGAACCUGGUAGUCAUGAAGCAGUGUUAGGACCAAACACAACAAAGUACAGAAUCACUGUCUCUUUGAACACAUUGAACCAGUAACUGAGUUACUUAGUGUCAUAGAAAACUGUAUGUAACUGGUGUAUAUAAAUGUGUCAUUGUUUUCUAAUUGAUUGAUAUAUACAACUAAGCAAACUACAUGAAAUUGCUAAUUUUCAAUGUGAGUAGUAGUUAUCGCUCUUUAUGUUAGGCUGACAUACAUUUAUACUGGAUGGGAUAAUAUGUUGGAAGACAUACAUUGAUAAUAACUGGGUUUAAAGGCUGCUACAUAAAGUAUACCUGCAUCGUUAAUGGGUCAUUAGUGUAUAUGUCUGUGUGAUCAUUACCUACUGUUUGGGACCACAAAUUAUUUGACCACUUGAAACUUCUUUUUGGGAGUACCUAACCUCAUGUCACUGUUAAAUGAAAAAGUGAUCUUUACAGCUUUCUAUGUCGCUUUUAUCUGCAAAAUAAAGAUUU